AUGGGAAAUGGUGGGUUCUAUAAACGCGCCCCGUCCAGCGAUAUUCAAGGCAUCGCAUCUACGAAUGUACCAGCGUACUCAAAUCAUAGAACUUCUUCAUUUCGAGAAAACUAUUUGUAUGGUGUGUAUACUGGAGUUCAAUGGCAAUGUGUAGAAUUUGCUCGUCGUUGGCUUUUACUACGUAAAAGUUGUAUUUUCUCCGAUAUCGAUAUUGCUUCUAACAUUUGGAAAAAUAUUUCGUACGUUGAACGUGUCACAGACGGUAAAAAGUUUCGACUAAUAGCUCAUCCGAAUGGUUCAAAUAAAAUGCCACAAAAGAAUUCGUUUCUAAUUUAUCCACGUACUCGACGAAUGCCUGUCGGGCAUAUUGCUGUUAUUACGGAUGUUGAUCAAAAUUAUGUUUAUAUUGCUGAACAAAAUCAUGAAUUUCAUUAUUGGUCGACUGACUAUGCUCGUCGUGCACCGAUCAUAGUAACGGAUGGCGGUUAUUAUAUUGAUGACGACUAUGAACUUUACGGGUGGAUGGAAAUCGACGGAAACGAACAGUUACAACCGUUGAAUGAAUCAAGUAUUCAACGAAUUUUGAGAAGAUAUCAGACCUCUGAGUAA